UUUGGUUUAUACGGAUCAAACAUAGGGGUUUUCAAAAAUAGAAAAAAAUCAUCUAAAAAAAGUCUGGAAACAACAAUCAAAAGAAAAAUGGAUUUGAAAAAUCUGUUUUGCAUCAUCUUUUCGACCUCUAUAUUUUUCAUUGGCUACUGUUCAGCAGAUUAUGAAGAUUUGAAAACCUUAUCAUUGAAAAUUGGCGAAAUGAAAUGCCUAAAUGUGCCUAAUAUAUCGGAAUUUCUUUGGAAUUAUCAUUCGUUAAAAAAUCAACCAAAUUUUGGUGACAAUUAUGAUGAAUUACAAUCAUUGUUGGCUCAGACAAAAGUCUUAUAUUCAGCUUUGAAUGAUCAGAUUAGUUACUAUGCUCAAUCUGAACAUCAAAUACAAUUUUCCAAUCAAAAUUAUUUCAAUCUAAUGAUCUAUUGGCAUAUACGUUCGAUACAAUGUCAAAGUUUAUAUAUGGUAUUCAAAUGGAUCGAACAAGAUCUGCUACGAUUUCGUGAGGACCAUUCAUCCAUUCUUCGUGAGGUAUUUGAUGAUGGCCAAUUUCAGAUGAAAAUGUCGAAUUAUAUUGAAAAACAUUAUUUGACCGAUCUGGAAAUAUUCAAUCAAUUGGAUUAUGAUAUAUUUGAUUUUGUUCGAAAAGCAGCCAAACAUGUUGAUAAAAAUAGCAUUAUCAAUCGACUACAAAAACUACAUCAAUUAUUUGAUGAGAUAAAUGAUGGUCUUACCAAAGACAUAAUUUCACCGGCACAUGAUGAACUAUAUAAAAAUGGAUUAGAUUUUUCUAUGCAAAGUCAUGUAUUGAUCUCUUCGACACUUGGCUAUUACCGAUGGUUAACCGAUUUUAUGCGUCAAUUUCAGGAAACAUUCCAGAAACAUUAUCCUUGAUUAAUGAUUAACAAAUCCAUCAAUAUCCAUUAUCAAUUGAUUGAAAAAAAUAAAACUGUGUACCACAACUGAAAAAA